AUGCUACAACUCUUUCAGCACGUGCAGAAGGCAUGUCUGCAGCGUCUCGGGGUCUCUGCAGACGCGGAACAGGGGAAUGCGGACGACACGACACCGCCACUGGCCAUUUCGAUUCGGCGUCUUCGUGCCAUAGCGGGAGGGACAAGUGUGAGGCGGUCGCUGGCCGGCGCAGUGGCGGCGGCAGUGCCGGAGGAUGCGGCCCCGCCUAAGCAGUUGAAGCCGGUCCUUUACCCGACACCAGACGGGGCGCUUCGCCCUGCAUCGGGGCAACGCAAGUCUUCAAGGCCGACUUUGUGUUCCUCGGAAUUGUUCCCAGCGUCAAUGACACCGGAAGAUUCGCGUGGGUCGCAAGGGGAACAGUCAUCGCCGAAUGUGAGGCGCACAUUGGGCCCGAUUUUUGCCGAGGACGUGUCGUCACCUCCUUUUACCGCUGCUGUUGAAAGCGACAGGGAGACGCCUUUGCGGCGACGUUCUUUGCUUGCUGUAGCCGUGGAUAAUGGCCUCAUGGAGACACUGAUCCGCGUAUGCACCCCCGCCAAAUUGGCCACAGAGGCCAGGGACGAUUUCUUUACAUUAGAGGAGAGAGUUGAGGCGCUUUACACUAUCGUUUAUUUAGCAUUUCACACGGACAAUGGCAGGAGCAUGAGGCAAGUGGACACGCGUGAGGAAAGGCAGAAAAAUGGUAAGGGAGAAGGGGAAAACACGUCACUCGUUUGCAAGCUUGACCUUUUUCAACUGGCUGCAACGGCAUGUGAUGUUUUGAAACGUGUUGUGGAGCAGACAUUGGAGCCUGGAGGGGUACACACCGAAGGAAAAAACGAGCAGCAUGAAAUUGAAAGGGAUGCUCAGACACUGCGCGCUCUUGUCGUUGUUGCCAACACCUUUUUUAUUCUUCUUGGCUGCCAGAACCCAAGCCACUGGCAGGAAGAAGAGGAUGGCUGGGAUAUGGAUGAGGCGACAAUGUCGUACAUCGAUGUACCAUCAAAGAAGAUAUUUUCCCUUUACGAGGCAACGACGCAGGAGGGUGAUUUCUGUCUGUGCAGUGACGCCGAUUCAUCGUCGUACCAGUUUAUGAUAACCGCACUCACAGAGAAUGGACUGUGGCAGUAUCUACUGCGCCAUGUGGCCUUUUCAUUCUUGUCGAGGCCGGGAGUACCGUGUGCGUCUCACGACCAUUUGGAGGAGCCCAUUGCAGGGAGUAAACAACGGGAGGCUUCGGAGUAUCAACGCAUCGCACGCAAUUUGGGGGUUCGUUUGACGCUUAAAAUAAUGACUCUUCUGCUUCUACGGAGUGUGGCAGCAGUCGAUCGGGACCUCUCCAGCAUUUUAUGUUGCCUCACACCGGCGGAAGAAGAGGAACUGGAAUUCGGGUGGCAUCGUGCCUUCCCACGUUUAAAGGGGCAAGAGAAGAGUCAUCCCUCACUUUCUUUAAUGGAGAAGCAAUUUGUGUUUACUCUACGGAGGCUAUCAGGCUUUUUGGUUUUUCGCCGCCUCUCGUGCCUUGCAGCGAAUGCGAUGCAUAUCCUAUUCACACGCUUACUGCUUCUACCGGCACCAAUAAAUGUCGACGUGCAUGUUGUUCUGAUGGCGUUAUUCUUUGUGGAAGAGCACCCAUCUUCCUUUCUGAUGCAGACGCCUACAAUGAGGGAUGAAACGACGACUUCUCCCAAUCAUCUUCGUGGGGUUGACAGUUAUGCCGGGUCCCGGAAAACUGGAAAUACGGCGGUGGUAUCCGACUUUCUUAACCACCUCCUGCAUCUCUUCUCCUUUAACCUUUCAUUACAACGCAAGAAAGAGGGUGGUCGUGUCCCUAAGAAACAGAGGUACAUUUAUGCCGUGAGAACAACAAGCACUGAACUGACCCUUUCGGGAGCCCUUCUAUCGGUGGUGCUGCUUUUGGAACAGAAACAGCAAGAACGAAAGGGAAAAAUAGAAGAGGAACGUCGACAUUACCAUGCGUGCAACGGGAUUUCCAUUGAAGCAAUGAUGACGCGGCACAACUUAUACAGAACAUGCGAGGAAUCACCAGAGUUUCAGACGGCGUUCUCUGCAGGCUUGGGUCGAACACAUCAAGUGAUGCUUUUGUUUUCCGCCAUUUCCGCCCAGGAUGGCGUAGCCGUGGUGCCGUUAACGACGCUGCGUCUUGAAGGGACUCAAUUAACGGCAUUUUCACAUUUGGUGCGCCCCAACGAACCCCUACCCUCUGCCCUGCAUCGAAGGAUGGUGGAGUCUGAGGCGUGGGCUGAGACGCUUACUGUCGGCGUUCGUAGCUCAGCCUCCAUAGCCGCCUCCGCUGCAGGUGUAAGACGCAAGAAAUCAGAGACCACUUUUUCCUGCGCUCUAACAUGUCCGGUGCGACUUGGAACACUGAACCGCCAGCGCCAGGGAUACAAGGACGCUCGAAACAAUGAAGGUGCCGUCAGGGGAGAUGGCUUGAGUGAUCGAGUUCUGCAGGUGUAUUUGAAGGCACCUUAUACGGAAGAGCCCACAGGUGCAAAAACGAUUAGUAGUGGCGCCAUCAAAGCGACAUGUGUUGUCCCACCGGAGGAUUCACCACCCCCAAUGUUUUUUGGAUAUGAACCUGCCAGUUUUAGGGAUGGCGUGCAUGCAGGUGGUGGCAAUGGCAAUCAUAAUAAUCAUAAUAAUAGUGGUGGUGGGAAAGUGGAAACCAUGUUUGUGAAUUGUGACCCUCUGAAGUAUACCCAAUUGGUUCAUAACAUGUCUUGUUCCUCGUCCCUCCAGCGCACGACAAUGACGUACAGUGCCGCUGUUAAUCUGACAAUUGUCACAACACCAUGCGAAGAAGAUGAACAAGAGCUGAUGUGGCCCUUUGACGCUGUCAUUCUUGCCUGCAGUACUGUGCACGGUGAUGAACUGCAGCUCUCGUCACAGCCCCCACAAAAAUUUAUUUACUCCCCACAGGAGGAAAAAAACAAGGCAUUGUCAGAGCCGCGUGGGAUAAACGAGAGAGAGGCGCAAUCACGACAUGAUCGCCGUCGAAAAGUGGCAUUGCAGCGAGGAGCAUCGCCCCCGUGGGCAGGAACCAGGGGAGAAAAAGUUCUUUGUCAUGCGUCGCGUCGCGAUCGUGAUGCCAUCGCGUCCGCCGAAAGUCCCUCUCUGGCUGCUGUUAAUGAGGAGAGUCAUCUGUCGGGAGUUGAAGGGGGUUCAUCACGCAUGAAGGAGGAGAUUUGUGUUCCUAAUGGGAAUGACCCCGAGGCUCAGGCGGGUUGUUCUCGCCAUAGCCAUGAAAAUGGUGCGAGCCAAAGUGGACAAAACGAAGAAGAAGAUGAUGAAAACAUGUUCACGGACCUCGAUGCUUACGUGGCCAGCAUAAAACCCUUGCAGGUUAUAGACUUUGGCUUGCAGCGCAAAGAGCAGGAAGUGGCACUGCUGCAAAAACAGCUGGAGCAGUCAAAGGCUCGUGAAGAAUCAUUGCAAGAACGACUCCAAGAAGUCGUGGCACAGCGUGAGGAACUGAUAAGCUCUCUAACAGACCGACGUGUGGAAGUCGAGCUCUGUCAUACAGAAAUUAUUGCACCCCUACGAAGGGAAGUGACGCUGCUUCGACACUCGCUGAGUUUGAGAAACCAAGAAAUGAGCUCCGUCAUCUCACUUUGCCAAACGCUGCGGAAUGAGAAUGCGUCCAUGGCCGAGAUAAUACGGGAUGUUCGCGGUCAAGUGGAGAAUUUGGCCCGAAAUGCAGAGCACCAGAAAUAA